CGUUUUCCUUAUCAUGGCCAUGGUUGGUCUGCAUGUUUCCCAACCUUUACCUGCGAUGCCCGGCCCUGCACCUGUGGUUUCUGCCCUUCAACCGACACUUGCACCUGCACCUAUGGUACCCGCCCCUGAACCUGCACCUGUAAUUGUUGUGCCAGCUCCUGCACCUGCACCUCAUGUGGUGCCAGCACCGGCACCAACGCCUACCGGACCUGUGGUACCUGCUGUUUUCAUAUUUGGCGACUCAACCGUAGAUGUUGGGACAAACAAUUACUUGAAUAAGAGUGGAGCAAAGGCAGAUAUGCCGUAUAAUGGGAUAGACUAUCCAGGAUCAGUCUCAACGGGAAGGUUUAGUAAUGGUUACAACACAGCUGAUUGUUUAGUCAUGUCUAUGGGUUACCCCGAGAGCCCGCCAGCUUUUCUCCACAUUCUUAACAAGCACAGGAAGUAUUUAAGGAGCAUCCAAAACUUCAGGGGCGUUAACUUUGCCUCUGGAGGAUCCGGACUUCUCCUCGAUACCGGAAAUAUUUCAUACACAGAGGUUAUUCCCAUGAGGGAACAGGUCCAACAGUUCGCAACCGUUCACAGCAAUCUCUCGGAAGCGUUGGGUGGAUCUCCGGAGAACAUCAUUAGCAAGUCUUUCUUUCUCAUCAGCGUGGGAAGCAAUGACAUCUUUGAAUAUUUUGUUGAUCUCAACACUAAUCAAACCCUGCAAGUGUUUAUCGCCACUUUAAUGGAUAAUUACCGAACUCAUUUAAAGAGUCUUCUACAUCUUGGGGCGAAAAAAAUUGGGAUAAUUAGUGUGCCAGCAAUUGGGUGCUGCCCAUACCAACGUACUUUCAAUGAGAGUGGUGGUUGCAUGGAGGCAUUGAAUGAGCAUGCUCAAGUGUUCUAUGAGGAACUGCGGGUCCUCAUGGAGAAUCUAACCACAGAGCACCCUGCGAUGUUCUACUCACUUGGAAACGCAUAUAAAAUGACAACUGAUCUACUUCACUUUGCUGAUCAUGAUCCUCAAUCUCCAGGCAAGGCACAAGUGCCGGCCAUCUUCAUAUUCGGAGAUUCGAUUGCUGAUGUUGGGACAAACAAUUUACUGAACAAAACUAUAGCGAGGGCCAACUUCCCUUAUAACGGGAUCGACUAUCCUUUCUACAAGCCAACAGGGAGGUUCAGUAAUGGCUUCAACGCUGCUGACCAAAUUGGUACGUACUCAAUUUAA